GGACAAUUAUUUCAUAAGUGGUGGUGCUUAACUGCGGAAUUCUGGCUUUACUUCAUUGGGCCUGUGGAUUUUUGUUUCUGCCUGGUUCUGCAAAAUAAGUUGAACAGGCAAAAUGGACUUCUCCAAGCUACCCAAAAUCUGUGAUGAAGACAGAGAGGCUUUUGUUGGCUAUGUCCAUGGAGUCUCGGGACCUGUGGUCACGGCUUGCAACAUGGCAGGUGCUGCUAUGUACGAACUGGUACGAGUAGGCCACAGCGAACUGGUGGGGGAGAUUAUCCGACUGGAAGGUGAUUUGGCAACUGUCCAGGUGUAUGAAGAAACGUCUGGUGUCUCUGUAGGAGAUCCUGUACUCCGUACUGGCAAACCCCUGUCAGUGGAACUAGGGCCUGGCAUUAUGGGAGCUAUUUUUGAUGGUAUCCAGAGGCCUCUGUUGGACAUCAGCACUCUGACCAAAAGUAUCUAUAUCCCUAGAGGUGUCAAUGUGUCAGCUUUGAGCCGAGAUGUCAAAUGGGAUUUCACACCUUCCAAAAAUCUGCGGGUUGGCAGCCAUAUCACUGGUGGAGAUAUUUAUGGUGUCGUGAAUGAAAACUCCCUUAUCAAACACAAAAUCAUGCUGCCCCCACGGAACAGGGGUACAGUUACAUACAUUGCUCCUCCAGGAAACUAUGACACUUCGGAUGUUGUCUUAGAGCUGGAGUUUGAAGGUGUGAAGGAGAAGUUCACUAUGGUCCAGGUCUGGCCUGUACGUCAAGUCCGUCCUGUUACUGAGAAGUUACCAGCCAAUCAUCCUUUAUUAACUGGCCAACGGGUCCUGGAUGCCCUCUUUCCGUGUGUACAAGGGGGUACAACAGCGAUUCCUGGGGCAUUCGGUUGUGGGAAGACUGUGAUCUCACAGUCUCUCUCAAAAUACUCCAACAGUGAUGUCAUCAUUUAUGUAGGCUGUGGAGAACGAGGAAAUGAAAUGUCUGAAGUACUGAGAGAUUUCCCUGAGCUAACAAUGGAGGUUGAUGGCAAGGUAGAAAGCAUCAUGAAGAGAACAGCUCUGGUAGCAAAUACCUCCAACAUGCCUGUGGCUGCCAGAGAAGCCUCUAUCUAUACUGGAAUCACCCUGUCUGAGUAUUUCCGGGACAUGGGCUACCAUGUCAGUAUGAUGGCAGACUCUACUUCCCGAUGGGCUGAGGCCCUCAGAGAAAUUUCAGGGCGACUGGCUGAAAUGCCAGCUGACAGUGGUUAUCCAGCCUACCUUGGUGCCCGUCUAGCCUCUUUCUAUGAGCGAGCUGGCAGAGUGAAGUGUCUGGGAAAUCCUGAAAGAGAAGGCAGCGUCAGCAUUGUUGGAGCUGUCUCUCCCCCAGGUGGUGACUUCUCUGAUCCUGUUACAUCUGCUACACUGGGCAUUGUUCAGGUUUUCUGGGGCCUGGAUAAGAAGCUGGCACAACGCAAGCACUUCCCCUCUGUCAACUGGCUGAUCAGUUACAGCAAAUACACGCGUGCCCUGGAUGAGUACUACGACAAGCAUUUUACAGAGUUUGUCCCUCUCAGGACAAAGGCCAAAGAGAUCCUACAGGAGGAAGAGGACCUUGCAGAAAUUGUGCAGCUUGUGGGGAAGGCUUCCUUGGCAGAAACAGAUAAAAUUACCUUGGAGGUUGCCAAGCUGAUAAAGGACGACUUCUUGCAACAGAAUGGUUAUACUCCCUAUGACAGGUUCUGCCCUUUCUAUAAAACCGUGGGAAUGCUCUCCAAUAUGAUUGCAUUUUAUGACAUGGCACGCCGUGCCGUAGAAACCACAGCCCAGAGUGACAACAAGAUCACGUGGUCCAUCAUCCGAGAGAACAUGAGCGAAAUCCUCUACAGACUUACCUCCAUGAAGUUCAAGGACCCUGUCAAAGAUGGUGAAACUAAAAUCAAGGCGGACUAUGCUCAGCUGUUUGAGGAUAUGCAGAAUGCAUUUCGCAGUCUGGAAGACUAGACUCGACCUCUGUGACCACUCCAGUUUCUCCUCUCAAUUCCUCAUCUCAACUCCUCUGCUUCCCUACCUUACAAGAAUGAUGCAACAGUACUUGAGUUGAUAAAUAGCCCUAUGUUUUCCCUGUUCAUACUUGGAGAGUGUCCUUACAGAACAUUCCUCUUAGUUUGUGUUUGGCAUUGCUUUGUGUGCCUGAGAUGGUGAGUGAUGUGUGAAUGGGCCUGGUUGAGUGAGGAAAUGCUGUUGUACACUUCUAGGGUGGGAAAAAUUUCACCUUGCCUCUCCCAGCUCUCUUGAUAACUGGUCUUUCACCUUGGGAUGUAACUGGUUGAGCUGUAUUGGCAGAGGAGGUGUAGGUCUUAAUGCAGUCACGCGGUACAUUCUGAGCUGGCAGUAGUAAGGGCAUUUACAUCUGGCACUUUGCUAAGUGACUGUCAUGGUGUAGAAUUCCCUAUUCUCAGUUUUUCACCAUAUUCUGAUGACAUGUUGAUACAACCAAAAAUUCUUCACUAGUCUUCUGCAACCCUCAGCUGAGUGUGUUGGUAUUGAAAUGUGGCAGUUCUGGGUCUCUUGAGAAGGGACUAACUAGAAGAUGAGCACAUACAUGCAACCAGUAUACUUUUGUACACCGGAGAAAUAGAAUUUUAUUUUCCUACUUAAGACAGACAGGACUGUUGGACUCAGCAUCAGGUAAAAUCAAAGCCAUAAGUGCUCAGCUUCCAGCAGAAUUUUACCUUCUUGCCUCCCACUCAUCCCAUAAAAUUUCAUGACACUCAGCUGCUUUAGUUUGUGAAGCUUGUGACUGCUGCCAUGUACCGCAGGACAUAGAU